UUGUGUCCAAAUUGUCUGCAGCCGCUGCAGCCUCUUAUGAAGAAAAUACCUUUUUCGCUUUUAAAAUUGAGUUUUGUUAAAUAAAAUUGGGAUUUCUUCCCUUCUCUUAGUGAAAUUGUAAUCGCAAUUCAUUUCUUUAUAAUCUGUAAAUUUUUUUUAGACCCAAGUCAUUGAAUUGGUUUUAAAUUUAAUUGUUUAUUGUUAGGGGUUUAUGUUUGUUCUUGUCUUCUAGCAGAAGAAUUUCGUUGUCAUUGUGCGUUUGUUCUCGUUAGAAACGUAAAACUUGACAGGUGUCAUGAAGUGUUGCGUCUUAAACUGUGUAAUGCAACACACGAACGGAGUAAAGUUUUCUCUUACUAACUGCGGAUACACUUUUAUUCUGUUGAUAAUUUAAUUUUUAUUACAAUUUGAAAUUCUAAAUAGUUUAUUUUAUAUUUACAUUUUUGUAAAGUUGUUUUUUUGUUUUUGACCAGGCGACAUGGCUGAUGGUGACAAUCAUGUUGUCAUCAGUGAACCUGUUAUUACAAUUUUUCAACUUAGUGAUUAUGCAAAAGGGUUGGUUGGGGUUGAAAAGGAGUUUUAUCUAGAAAAAUUAACAAAGUGUAAUAUAGACUACCCGUAUUACAUUCCAAAGGAACAUUGGGUUUGUGAUCCAUCCAUCAUUGAAAAAAUAUCCCCACGCCAGCUGUCAGAACAUGACGUCUAUAUGUAUUUAAUUGCUAGAAGAAGUCAGGACACAGGACUUCAAUUAAAAGCCAUGAAAACUAUACAAACAGCCAAUUUCAUGGUAAGUAAUGGUUGGGUAAGUAAAUUGUGUGCUAUUAAACUUCGACAUGGGGCUGUCAUAUUUAAAGGAAAUGUACGACAUUCUAUGAGUUUCAACAGCAAGAAAGAUUUGUGUACAUGGGUAGCCAUCCAUGAAAAUGCUAGUGUUAUGGCUGGACACUGUACAUGCACUGUUGGGUUAGGUGGAGUUUGUACACACCUUGGUGGUGUACUUUACAGUAUCAUGAAUAUUAUAACAACCCCUUGCAUAUCCAAAGAAAACUCUUGGAUUUGUUCAACCAAAACCUUACCUGCAGAAAUGAAAGAAAAAGAAAUAGAUGAAUUGAACCAGGUGUUACUGGAAAACCGGGCGGUGCAACUUCAUGUAGUAAAUGCCUUUGCUGACUACUUUACUCCAAAACCAAUCCCAACUCGGUUGAGUUCAGUAUUUAACCCUUUAUUCAAAAACGGAAAAACGCUACCAGACAUUUUAGAGGAAUGCAACAGAUUGCUAAGGAAACAACUCAUUGUAACUAAAGAAUCAGCAAAAGAGGCUAAAAGAUUAACGUUACACCAACGGAAGAGUCCAAUUUGGAUGGAUUUGCGAAUUGGUAGAUGUACAGCAAGUAAUGCGUACAGCAUUUGCAAGACGAACUGUGAUAACCCCUCGUUGUCUUUGGUAAAGAAAAUAUGCUUUCCUGGGAAAAAGUUGUCUACUCCAGCAAUUCAGUUUGGAAUUGAAAACGAGACGAACUGCAUCAAAACAGGUCUUGCACUGUUGAAGAAGAGGAAUCUUCAUCCUGGUUUUACAACCACUAAGUCAGGAUUGGUCCUUUCUCUUGAACAGCCUGGUCUAGCUGCGUCCCCAGAUGGCUUCUUUCUGUGCGCGUGCCAUGGAAGAGGCGUCAUCGAAGCAAAGUGCUGCUGAAG